GUCAUGAAACCAGUUGCAAAUACCUCUUUUAGUGAUUACUCAAACAGUAUCUUUAAGCAGGAUUAUGAGCCUGGAGAGGGUGCUUAUUUGUAUGAGAUUAUUAAGAAAAAGAGUAUUUCCUCUGACAUAAAGAAACAUAUUUUAAUGCAUGGGAAAUGCUUUUCAAAAUUCCCAAAAUUCAGCAAAUCAAAGGUCCAAGGAGAUAGGUUCUCCAAAACUUUGCGGUUUCUUCGUGACUCUUCAGUGCCUGCCGAGAGCUUAAGGAUGAGGGAUUCUAAGGAGAAAUUCAAGAUAUCAACCCUCUUUGAUCCAUUCCAGACGGAACGUUCUUGGAAGCAGAUGAAGAUCUCCCCUACAAAAAUCAGAGAUUUGCACACAAAAGCAGGUCUUUGCAUUACUCCACAAAGUAAAUGAAUCAGUGCUCUGGGGACUCCAAUGAAUGUGUCAAGCUAUCAAAAUGAGAUUGACCACCGUUUGGAGAAAGCGAGAAUUUUUAAAUUCAAUUUUGACAAAGAGAUUUUAUCAAAAAGUCCUAAGAAAAUCAAUCUUCAGAAUAUCAAGGUGAAGUUCAAAAAUAAAGAGCUUCGCUCUGAGUCAAAAGUGACACCAAACAGCAUGCUUCGUUACAGAUGCUCAAGGUUUUAACAAAAAGAAAUUUUCUCUCCCUCAGAACUUUUCUGAUGCAUCCAAGAUGAAAAAGAAGAUCUUGGCUGACCAAAGUUUUGAUUCACUCAGAAUAGACAGUCAUUGUCGGAUAAAAACGAAAGCUGCUAUCUCUCGUACUUUCCACAAGCGGCCUAACAAAUCUCAUAAAAAGAAGACACUGAACUUGGACCUUAGGGAUAUCUGCAUGAAUUACAGUAACGGCUAGCAAGUAGUAAACCCUCAAUAUUUUGA